AGAAAACGAAAUAUUUAAGACCUACUAAAGUCCAUUCAAAUGGGAGGGAACUUCAAAAUAAUCUCGGCCAAUGUGUAAAAACACCAAUAAAGUAAUUAACAACAAUGAAUUUACAAUCGAUGAUUAUGGCCUAUCAAGAUUAAGGCGGAUUACAAACUUGUAAAAAUUGGUCGGUUUUCGAAGACGUGUCUUCGCGACGAGCUCAGAUUGUGAAGAUAGAGACCCUGUUCUUUCUCUUAGUAGGUCACGGGAUAAAUUCGCAACUUGUCCAAGAUAUCUUGAUAACUUGGAACAUAGGAGCUGACAAAACCGUGACGGAAAUUCUACCGCGUUUGACCUCAGUAAGCCAACAUUGAGCCAUUCCUCGUAAGAUCUGAAUCUCAAUUAAAAAGAGCAACUCCCAUAAACAUCACUGACAUAGGACAUAAAAUUGGUGUUUGUACUUUUCAUGCUACUUCCCGUUCUCUCUCUGUGAUUCUCCCACGGAAGAAUUUCGUGAAAUGGCGCCAGGAUAACGAAAAAAUUUCACCCGGUCAUUUCAAGGGCGAGUGGAUUGGAUUUCGUCAGAUUAGAAGCAAUAUCGAAUGUCGCACGGUUCAAAAUUUAGAUUUGCUCAACAAACGUUGAAUCACGCACGGUUAAACGAUUUGUUAUUACGUUCCAGUUGUUCGUCUGUUUUUAUUCCUCUCGGCCCAUCGUAAUUCAUUAGAAUUCUCUGAAUCGAAAGCACAGCAGGAUACCGUAUAAGGUGCAAGAUCUUAAGAGUUUUAAAACUGAAGGGGCAACAUGGAAAGGAAACUCGAAUAAGAUAAACACAAACCAAAGCCACAUCGCAUGGAUUUGAACACGACGGACUCGAUUUCAAUAAACGCUACAAAAGCUUCUUCGCUUUUGAAAGGCGGCGGGCAACGUGAGCUCAUUUACAAAAUAUACUUGACAAGAGGUAUACUCGCUAUUCCAAUGGCGUUGAUCACAGCUUUCUCCAACGGUCUCGUGAUUUUUCUGUUUCUGAAAGAUCCAAAAAAAUGUCUUCGCUCAUCCCCAACAAGCCUUCUUGUCGCUAGCCUGGCUCUGGUGGAUUUCCUGGUGGGAAGUGCCCUGGAGCCCAUAGAUGCUUACUUCCAUCUUUCCGUGGCUUUUGGAAGGAAGCAACAAUCUAUCCAAAAAAAAGACUUGCAGAGUGCCGCAGCAUAUCUCCUUCUCUGCUCCAUGCUUCUCUUCAUGCUGAUAACGUUCGACCGACAUACAGCAGUGUCGCGACCUAUCCAGUACUCUCUAAGAAUCACCAAGAAAAGAGUUUACAUAUGUGUGACCUGUGUGUGGAUUUACUGUGCCUUGCUCAUCUUUGCAAUACGACAAUGGGGAGAAGAUUUCAGAAAUGAGAUUUUCUGCGUUCAUGUUGACGUAGUCGUGAUCGUCGCCACUGUCCUUUUCUGUAACAUCGUCUACAAACUUAGAAAACAUACUCGCACCUUAAGGAGAAUGAGUAUACACUCGGGCACGAUCGAAGAUGAUGUGUUUGUUACUCGAGCGUCGAUGCGCGAACGCAAAAUAACAUGGACCCUCUCACUUACGCUUGUGGUUUUCCUCGCGUGUACCAUGCCCUGGUUUCUGAUGAUGCAGAUUUUUGGCUACUGUAAAAUUUGCCAAAAAAAUUGGUGGGUCAUGAAACUGUUGUUUAUUUUGUUCCAGGCCAAUUGCGCUUUCAAUCCGUUCUUGUGUACUCUCCGCAUGCCGCCGUACCAGUUGGCGCUCAAAUGUAUUUUAUCACGGUGGACAUUUUCCCGCCGUUUCUACACUUCAGUAUGGCCAACAAGGGGAACGUAUCACCUACAAAGACGGCAGACAGAAUCUAACAUCCCCACAAGCAGAAAAGAAGGAUCUAGCUCAAGUAACUCGCAGUUACCAGCCGUCUUGCAACUGACUAAUUUCAAAAACUAAAGAACGCCAUUUCAUGGUUUUUUGUUGAGUUGUAAACUCUUGCUACUUGCAAUAAUCGCUUUUCCUGAAUAAAAGCAUUUUUUUACCGGAAAUCUUAAGACGUUGCGGGGAUUCAAGAGAUAUAUCAUUUCCACGACCCAGUUGAAAUGAUAAUAUCACAAAACUGCAAAGCAAGAUCGGGAAAACUGCUUAGGAAGUUGAAAAAUCAAGUGAAGGCUCAUAAUUUUCGGGAAGAACUUCUUACUCAAACAUAUUCCUGCAUAUUGCUGAAACGUGCAGCUUAUCUGUGGCAAGGGACCUCAGUGCCAAACAAUGCCAGUUAUGUGACAAGUGCUUUUGGAUGUGUAUGAUAGUUUUCUGUCAUUACGAAAGAAAGAAUUCUCAAGCGAAACUUUUUAGAUAAUUUUUUAAGUGGAUAGGGAUAGUGGACAGGAAUCAAGUGCUGUUUUCCCGGAAAUUCUUACUGAGAGGAAAAGCAGCUGAGAAGUUGAACGUGAUAAAGCUCGCACGUUCGCUGCGGUUAAUUUAGUAACGGUGUUUUGACAGAUUUUCACUGUUAAAAUAAUACCGUUGUCCUUUUAACUUAACAUUUAGACCUGGUUUUAGACAAUCGGGGGGAUUAUUAACGGUGUCGUUUUUCAGAUGACAUCAGUAGCGGUGGUCUCACGUACGAAAGAGAUCCACUUGUUUUAAGUUUGAAAGAUAUUUUCUCUAUUCAUGUUAAAUUUUGUACAGUUUAUAAAUUAUGGUACGUACAAACCGAGUUUUUUAUUUUUCAUUUUAAAUCUUUAAUCUAACCUUAAAGUCGAGAGAAAUCUUUUCGGAUCUCUUUAGUUCAAUUAUGUAUCAAGUUGUUCUGUGGGAUUUAGACAAUGAUUACACUGACAUCAGGCAACGCAUGUCAAGUCAAGAUAAAUAAGGACUUUUUUAGUAAAAGACAAUGCAAGUUAUCUCAAGCAAUUAUUUUUUUUGGCAGUAAGUUAAUUAAGGUUUGUGUUUGUGUUGAAUUUGAGUUACAAACGAGAUUAACAAUGGGUUUACCAUGUUCACAUCCGGCUGUUAAGAGAAUGGCGACUGACUAGAAAACUGUCGGGUUACUUCAGUCUCCAGACUCAAAUUGUACAUUUUUUCUGUUCUUCUAUAUAUAUAAAUAUUUUAUUUUGAAGACUGUAAAUGUAUGAGUGAAUAAAGUCGUUGUUGUUUAAACCCGGGGUCAAGUUCAAUGACGAAACAAUUAAGGGAAACAAAAGAAUUCCGAAUUUGUUUAUUUCCAAGUUCUGUUGGAACAAGUUCAAUUGAGUUUGAAUGGAGUAGAGUUGUGUGGGGCAUUGCAUAAAACUAUCACGAUUCGUAUUUCGAAAAGUAUACAAGAGUUUCAAGUAUUAUUUAUGUUACAUCCGUGCAUAACUAAUUAUUAGAGAAGCCUGAUUCAUUUAAUCAGUGUGUAAUACUUUAUUGAUAUUUUGGCUCUGUAUAACUAAUAUUUUUAGUUUGACUCAGAACGAAGGUUAACAGGAACGGCAAACUUUGUGAAACUAAUAUCUGCCUGGACCCGGAUGUCAAUAAUGAUGUGUGCAUAUUUGUAAUCAUUUCAAAAUCAAAGGUUGUUAAUUGUUUUCAAAAAUGCGCAUCGAGGUUUGAUCCUUGGCCCCCAGAAUACGUCAUCAGUUACUCAGCAACGGCUAUGAGACGACGAUGUUACCUCAGGUAGUUGUUGAUGAAAAGAACAGUACAAUUGUGCUGGCCUCUGUGGAGAGGUGGUUAUUAUUGGGAGAUUAAGAUAAGGGAAACUCUCUUGACUGGGACGAAAAUAUGUGGCCGCAAUAGGCCGUUGUGCGGAGGUCGCUGUUAGUAAAGGUUCGACUGUAUUAAUAUUAUUUUGAAAGUGUUGAUGUGUAAACAAGAGAUUAUGAUCCUGCGUAUAAAUUAUUCUCUGGCUGGAAAAGGGGGCAGGGUCGAGGAUAUCUCGCGCUGUUUCCACCCUAGCCUGGCCCUCAAUCUCUUCUCGGUUUGUUUGCAGGCCCGCCGAUGGCCUGUUUUGUCCUUAGCUUUUCCUAAUUUGAUAGUUCGUUCUGAUAGGCUGGGGUUUUUUAUGAAUUCCGUUUUUGGCUGAUACUUUCCUCUAAAAAGAUACAAUUCAAAGGGACUGUUUUAAAUAUACCGGCAAACCAGAGUCCUUUAAAGUUAAAAUGGUUCCUCCUCAUGUAAAUGAACUUGAAUUCUGUUAGUCUGUUCACAGACUUUUCCAUUUUCAACUUAAAAUCGUCAAGGACAUAAACCUCCUUACGAGCAAAAUAAAAACCGAGGGAGGCUGAAGAAAGUCGCUUUCAUGCUCCUCGCCGCUCUCAAACGCUCGGCGCUUACAUUAAAGAACAAAAAAGUGGGCCGUCAGACAGAGUGGAAUUCUGUCAAUAGUAAUCAGAAUUUCAUGUGAACUAAGCAGGUUGCUAUUAUUGAAACAGUAAAAAAAACAUCCUCGGGCAAAGUCAUUUCUGUCA